AUGAAGCCGUUUCAGUCCUUGCGACGUUUCCGCUGGUCUGAUGUGCCCAAGCGUCGGCGACAAGUCACCUACAUCACGGCAGGGGUGGCUUUCUCCACGUACACCAUGGAAAACAAGUUUAAGGAAUGUUUGGAGAUCGUGGGAAACAAGGCGGACAUCCGAGAACCUCACACCAUGUUUUGGUUGCGGGUCCUUUUUGGACGGAUGCGAUCACGGUGGGUGGGAGCCGCGGCGGAUGUACGGAUUCCGGUGGCCUUGCGGUCCUCCAUCUACAGCUUUUUCGCGUGGAGAUACAGUAUGGCAGUGGAUGAAAUUCGAUACCCGCUGGAUUCUUUCACAACCUUCAAUGAAUUCUUCAGUCGAAAACUGGUCGACGGGGCGAGGCCCAUCUCAAAGGUGCCGAAGGGCUUGGUUAGCCCCGUUGAUGGCACUGUGACCACCCUAGGCAAGAUCACGGAGGAGAGCGACCGAGUGGAACAAGUGAAAGGUGCCACGUACAACGUGCGGUCUUUUUUGGGUUUGGACCCAAGAGAGAGCAUUCAGCCAAAGUCGGAGCUUCACUAUGUCGUUCUGUAUUUGGCCCCAGGGAACUAUCAUCGGUUUCAUAGUCCUUGCGACUUGACAUUCAAAAGAGGCCGGCAUUUCUGUGGUGAGCUUUUGCCUGUGAGACCGUGGUUUCUUGAACGAUUCAAUGAUGUCCUUGCGGUGAAUGAGCGUGUGACACUCAACGGAGACUGGCAAUUCGGCUUCAUGAGUUUGGUUGCCGUUGGUGCUGCCAACUGCGGAAGUGUUUUCUUAGACUUUGAUCACAAGCUGAAGACGAAUCGGCUUCGGGACAUAGCAGUUCACUGCGGCGGUGAUGUCUCAGAGAAGCUCUACCCCGAUGGUGUGAAGUUGAGUUCUGGAGACGUGGUGGGAGGCUUCCGCAUGGGCUCCACAGUAGUGCUGGUCUUUGAGAGUCCCAAAGGAUUUCAGUGGGAUGUGACACCUGGCGAGAAUAUCAAGGUUGGCCAGCCACUAGGUGAGCCUUUGCGCGUGGAUGUGAUGCGGCCUUUGGCCUCAGCCCGCGUGGUGCUUCGAGCAGAAGAACUUCGAUAUUCAGACCCCUUCUCCUUCAUGGUGGCACAGCUCACAUCGGAGGGGAAGUUGCCCUGGCUCACUGGCAAAGGACCUGCACAAGAUGGCAAAAGUGGGGAGAAGCAGAACGAGUCUGUGAAAUAUGUGAGGGAUUCCAGCACACAGUUGGAUCUCCAGCCAGAGACUUUGCAGCAAGAGUGCACAGUGCCCAGCAUGACACCCUUCGAGGUCUUCUCCGACCCUGGCCAGACCCGGAAGGCCAAGCCAAUUUGUUGCCACUUGUUCACCCUGGCAAAUUGGCACAUCCGAAGGCAAGCCUUGCAGGCCAGAGGCAGGAACCAGAAGAACCAGCACCAGAAGGGUGAUGAGGAGCACCUUGGCUGCAAACUGCUUUCGCAGAGCAAAGCUGCAAAGCUGGUAGGCAAUGCAAAGGGGGAUGUCGAGAAAGCCAGUGCUGUGGAAAGAGCUGUGGCCCUGAUGUCUGGACAGGAAGAUGACGAGGUCCGAACACGAAGGGAGUUGGUGCAGCUGCAGGAAGAGCAGAAGGAACUUCGACUUCGAUCCGAGAGGACGGGAGGAGAGAUGAUUUGUUCGAUUUGGCUUCGCGGCUUUUCUGCCAUUUCAGUCGGGCGGAAAGAUGCAGAAAAUGUCAAGGAUCCACGGGUGCCAGUGCUGGUCGUUCUCGACCCGUUUCUGCCCUGCGUGGCGCGCAAGUACCAAGCACGGCCGCCUCCGCAAGUGCACAGCGGGAAUGCUGGUUAUUCUGUGCGUUGCAUUCUGCGAAACCGCGCGGAUCGGCCAUUCUCAUUCCUGGUAGACUGGGGUGCGACUGUGGUCGAAGGUUCCUUGAAGCGACCCGAGAGCCUGCCAAGCGCAUUGGUGGGCAUUCAUACCGUCAUUGAUUGUGCCACUGCGCGGCCUGAGGAAGACAUCUACGACAUUGAUUGGGAGGGCAAGAAGCGUCUCAUCCAGUGUUGCAAACAAAUGAAGAUCCAGCGCUACGUUUUUUGCAGCAUCAAGGACUGUGACAAAUACCAGAGUGUGCCACUUAUGCAGAUCAAGUAUUUGACGGAAAAGUUUCUGCAGGAGAGUAAGAUUCGGUACACUAUCCUCCGGGUCAGUGGUCUCAUGCAGCCGCUCAUUUCACAGUAUGCCGUCAGUGUUUUGGACGAUCAGAAGGUUUGGGGAGACGACGGCAGCAUGCCGGGCAUUGCAUACAUUGACUCCCAGGAUGUCUCUCGUAUGAUUGCGUCUGCAAUGAUCAAGGAGCGGACCGUGGGACAGACCUUGACCGUGACCGGGCCGAAGGUUUGGUCCACCAAUGACGUCAUCAAGCUUUGCGAGGAGCUCUCUGGAAGGGAUGCGGAUGUGAAUGUCGUGUCCAACUCGCAGAUGCAGCUCGCGAUGUCAGCUGCAGGUUUCUUUGAUUGGUCGGUGGAUGUGGCUGAGCGCUUGCGCUUCGUGGAGGUGAAUCAGCAGGGAUCGCCCGAUUCCCCCAUGCUGAUGACAGAGGAAACUUAUCAAGCUCUCGGUCUGGAGCCGUCAUCAACACGCAAGCUAGAGGAGUACAUUGGCGAAUACUACAGGAGAGUCUUUAAAAAGCUCACGAAGGGCAAGUAUGAGCCAGAGGCAGGCGAGCUCGAGAAAGAAAAGGCUGAGGCUGAAGCAAAGCUGAAGCAGGCUCUGUCCCAGGACACAGCUGAUGAAUUGCCGGCUGGCCAGCCAGCAGAGGAAGAAGUGACCGUUUCUUACCAGCGUGAUGUUGCAGAACGCUUGCAGAAGUUCUUCGAGGACAAAAUUCUGACCGAGAUGGAAGAUGACAAGAAUGCAUGGUUUGGCUGGGUGCCACUUGCUGAAGUGUUCAACGGACGAUCUGCAAUGGUGGGCUUCUCCCUGGGCUUGUUCACGGAAUGGGCCACAGAUGUCAACGUGGCCAAGCAGAUUGUGCCUCAGGCUAAUCAGAGCUUUCAGAUACGUAUCACUUCAAAGCACUGGGGCUGUGGAAAGACGGACACGUCAGCUAGCGGUGUCCAGUGGCUUGCUGGGCACAUGGAACAGGCUGAGGUGUGA